UUUUGAAUCCAUCCCAUUCUGACUUUCGCCUGUUAACCCGAACCCGCUUGUCAACCGUUUAAAACCCAGAGGUAAGCUUCUAGGUUUUUCAUCUACAGUCAUCGUGAGGUUGACUCUCUAUUUCUGUUUCGUGUCAACAAAGGAACAGCGGAACCAUCUUAACUCAUCAUCAAAACUCAACAAAUGGCAUCCAGAUUCGCUCUGAACCGACUCUGUAUUACUCGCUCUAUGGAGUCAACUCGGGGGGCAACUCGCUACUUCAGCGAUGGCAAGGGCCGUGUCCUGAGCGAAGAGGAACGCGCUGCUGAGAACGUCUAUAUCCAGAAAAUGGAGAGGGAGAGGCUGGAGAAGCUGAAGCAGAAGGCUGAGAAAGAAAAGGCAGAGAAAGAGAAAGAGAGCGCUGACAAGAAAACCGAAGGGAAGCCGUAAGGAUUGAAUUCAUCGUUUGCUCUUGAUGAGAUGAUCAUUUGUGGAAUAAUCAUCACAAAUAAAAGUGCGACUCUUAACAUGUCAUGAUGAUCUUCCUAAUGUCUCUUGAGCUGUUGUAAACUUGUAGCUGUAACUGUGUUGUUGAAUCUGGUGGUUCAUGUUUUAAAAAAUUUGAAAUGUUUGUUAAUAAAAUAGAAGUUGCAAAUUAAA